CUGCAGCGCAGUGCGCGGGGAGAGUGGUGUCCACUGCGGGGAAAGGGGUGACCAGAACCCCGAUGAUGGACGGACAGAACUGGCGCGUGGGCUUUAGCUGUCUCCUCCUUCUGGCUCUCGUUGGGUCUACCCGGAGCGAGGGCGUGCAGGGCUGCGAAGAAGUUCGGAAACUUUUCCGGUGGCGGCAUUUGGGGGCUGUCAAGGGGCUGCCGGAUUCGCCGCGGGCAGGACCUGAUCUUCAGGUUUGCAUAUCCAGAAACCCCACGUGUUGUACCAAGAAGAUGGAGGAGCGAUAUCAAAUUGCAGCUCACCAAGAUAUGCAGCAGGUGCUUCAAACGUCCAGCUCUGCAUUAAAGUUUCUGAUAUCGCGAAAUGCAGCUGCUUUUCAAGAAACGCUUGAAACUCUCAUCAGACAAGCAGAAAAUUACACUAGUAUACUUUUUUGCAACACCUACAGGAACAUGGCCUUAGAAGCAGCUGCUUCAGUUCAGGAGUUCUUCAUGGAUGUAGGCCUCUUUUUAUUUGGUACAGAUGUUAAUCCUGAAGAAUUUGUGAACAGAUUUUUUGACAGUCUUUUCCCUCUGGUUUACAACCAUCUGAUUAACCCUGGCGUGACUGGCAGGUCCAUGGAGUAUUCAGAAUGCAUCCGCAUGGCCCGCCGGGAUGUUAGUCCAUUUGGUAGUAUUCCCAAAAGAGUAAUGGGGCAGAUGGGAAGGUCACUGCUGCCCAUCCGCACGUUUCUGCAGGCACUCAAUCUGGGCAUUGAAGUCAUCAAUACCACAGACCAUGUGCAGUUCUCCAAAGAGUGCAGCCGAGCCCUGCUGAAGAUGCAGUACUGCCCUCACUGCCAGGGCCUGACUCUCAGUAAGCCUUGUAUGGGGUACUGCCUCAAUGUCGUGAGAGGCUGCUUGGCACACAUGGCGGAGCUUAAUCCACACUGGCAUGCAUACAUCCGGUCAUUGGAAGAACUGUCACAUGCGAUGCAUGGAACGUAUGAUAUUGAACACGUGCUUCUGAACUUCCACUUGCUUGUUAAUGAUGCUGUAAUGCACGCUCACCGCAAUGGACAAAAAUUGUCUGAACAGGUAAAUAAAAUUUGUGGCCAUCCAGUGAGAACUCCAACACAAAGCCCCCGCUGUUCUUUUGAUCGGAGCAAAGAGAAGCAUGGAAUGAAGAUCUCUAUAAGAAAUGGGGAAGAGACACUUGCCAACAGAAGAAAGGAAUUUAUCAACAGUCUUCGACUGUUCAGGACAUUCUAUGGAGGCCUGGCAGAUCAGCUUUGUGUUAAUGAGUUAGCUGCUGCUGAUGGACUACCCUGCUGGAAUGGAGAAGCUGUAGUAAAAAGCUACACUCAGCAUGUGGUUGGAAAUGGGAUGAAAGCCCAAUCUGGAAAUCCUGAAGUGAAAGUCAAAGGAACUGAUCCUGUGAUUAAUCAGAUUAUUGAUAAACUGAAGCAUGUUAUCCAGUUGUUACAGGGUAGGUCAACACCCAAACCGGACAAGUGGGAACUUCUCCAGCUGGGCAGUGGUGGCGGCAUGGUCGAACAAGUCAGCGGGGACUGUGAUGAUGAAGACGGCUGUGGGGGAUCAGGAAGUGGAGAAGUCAAGAGGACACUAAAAAUCGCAGACUGGAUGCCAGAUGAGAUGAACCUCAGUGACGUAAAGCAAAUCCAUCAAACAGACGGUGGUAGUACUUUCGACACGACUGGAGCAGGAUGCUCAACAGCGACUGAAUCUAUGACGCUUACUCUGAUGGGUGUGGUGAUGUUACUUCCUGGGCUAUGGUAACUGAGCUGUUCUGUCCCGACAAAUAUGUCUUCUCGAAGUCGUAAUUUCUCAUCUCUCUUCAGAUGCCUGGAAUAAGAGAUCAUUCUCAAUGUAACAAUUGUAUUUAUGAAAAGAUAUGUCAUGCUAACUUAGAAGCCAA